UGCGUGGCUCUUUGGAUGCCCUGGCCCAACUGCCUGGUGUCUUGGCGGCCCUUGUUGUCCUUUGACUCCUCGGCCUGUGUUAGUGGUUACCUGGAUGAUUGUACCUGCGAUGUUGAGACCAUCGAUAAAUUUAAUAACUACAGACUUUUCCCAAGACUACAAAAACUUCUUGAAAGUGACUACUUUAGAUAUUACAAGGUAAACUUGAAGAAGCCCUGUCCUUUCUGGAAUGACAUCAACCAGUGUGGGAGAAGAGACUGUGCUGUGAAACCCUGUCAUUCUGAUGAAGUUCCUGAUGGAAUUAAGUCUGCAAGCUACAAGUAUUCUGAAGAAGCUAACCUCAUUGAAGAAUGUGAACAAGCUGAGCGGCUUGGAGCAGUGGAUGAAUCUCUGAGUGAGGAAACCCAGAAGGCCGUCCUUCAGUGGACCAAGCAUGAUGAUUCUUCAGACAGCUUCUGUGAAGUUGACGACAUACAGUCCCCUGAUGCUGAGUAUGUGGAUUUACUCCUUAACCCUGAGCGCUACACAGGCUACAAGGGGCCGGAUGCUUGGAGGAUAUGGAGUGUCAUCUAUGAAGAAAACUGUUUUAAGCCACAGACAAUUCAACGGCCUUUAAAUCCUUUGGCUUCUGGUCAAGGAAAAAGUAAAGAGAACACUUUUUACAGCUGGCUAGAAGGCCUCUGUGUAGAAAAGAGAGCAUUCUACAGGCUUAUAUCUGGUCUACAUGCAAGCAUUAAUGUGCAUUUGAGUGCAAGGUAUCUUUUACAAGAUACUUGGCUGGAAAAGAAAUGGGGCCACAAUGUCACAGAGUUUCAGCAGCGCUUUGAUGGGGUUUUGACUGAAGGAGAAGGUCCGAGAAGGCUGAAGAACUUGUAUUUUCUGUACUUGAUAGAGUUAAGGGCUCUGUCUAAAGUCCUCCCAUUUUUUGAGCGCCCAGAUUUUCAGCUCUUCACUGGAAAUAAAGUUCAGGAUGCAGAAAACAAAGUGUUACUUCUGGAGAUCCUUCAUGAAAUCAAGUCAUUUCCUUUGCAUUUUGAUGAGAAUUCCUUUUUUGCUGGGGAUAAAAAUGAAGCACAUAAACUAAAGGAGGACUUCCGACUACAUUUUAGAAAUAUUUCGAGAAUCAUGGAUUGUGUUGGUUGUUUUAAGUGCCGACUGUGGGGAAAGCUCCAGACUCAGGGUUUGGGCACUGCUCUGAAGAUCCUGUUUUCCGAGAAACUGAUAGCAAAUAUGCCAGAGAGUGGACCAAGUUAUGAAUUCCAGCUAACCCGACAGGAGAUAGUAUCCUUGUUUAAUGCAUUUGGAAGGAUUUCGACAAGUGUAAGAGAAUUAGAGAACUUCAGGCACUUGUUACAGAAUGUUCACUGAGGAGGAGAGCUUGAAAGGUGCCUGUUUCUGGACAGGGGAGGCCAGAGAGCUGAAUGUCUCCGAGCAGCGUGACUGCAAUGGCCGUCUUAAGGCAAACAUUUCUAUAAAGCUGCUUUUGUAAAAGGAGAAAUACAUUGUUUUAAGUAAAUGACAUUUUUGAAAAUUGUGUUCAUGUUUAAUAUUAUUGUGAAUAAAAGUAGUAUUUUGAUAAUGUACAAAUUUUAAUACUAGACAAAGGUAAGAUCAUCAAAAUCCAUAUGGUAAAACUAGGUGAAUGAUGUCUUUAGCCUCUCAAACUAGAUUUGUAUUUACAAAGAUGUGAUAAAAAUAAAGUUAAGGCCGGGCGGUGGUGGCGCACGCCUUUAGUCCCAGCACUCGGGAGGCAGAGCCAGGCGGAUCGCUGUGAGUUCGAGGCCAGCCUGGGCUACCAAGUGAGUUCCAGGAAAGGCGCAAAGCUACACAGAGAAACCCUGUCUCGAAAAAUCAAAAUAAAUAAAUAAAUAAAUAAAUAAAAUAAAAUAAAGCUAAGAUAACUGUGACAAGUGUUGGGUAGUAACAUUCUGAGAGGCUCACCAAUAACCCGUGGUCAACAGCCUAAAAACACCAAUGCAUUUUCGUUUGCCUCAUCCACAAAGAAACUACAGAAUUCCCAGUUAGAUUUGAGUUUUAGAUAAGCAGCUAGUUUUCUUAAGUGUAAAAGUGUUGUAUGCAGUAUUAGGGCCUUAUUUAUACUAAAAGUAAUUCAUUUGUUUUAAGUUCAGGUUUAACUGGGAGGCCUGUGUUUUUCUGGCAACCUUAAAAUACACUGGUAUGAAACAUUCCUUUUAGAGUUAUAUGGCUAUUUUGAUUGUGCUGUUUUGGUAUGUAGGGAAGUAGACCAACUAUAAGGCACAGGAGAUUUCUAAACAUUGUAGAAAGAUGAAGAGAUAUAUUUAUUCUCAUAAUACUUCCCCUAAUAGUAGAAUUUUGGGGAAAAUUUUAUUUUUAUAUAAUUUCAGAUUUACAGAAAAGUUUCAAAAACAGUGCAAAAAAAUCUGUUUUACUCAAAUUCAUGGAUUGUUCACAUGUGUUUUACCUCUCAUGCUAUCCCACGCUGGGGAUUGAGCCCAGCACCUCAGGCAUGCUGGGCUAGCCUCCACCCCGGAGCUGUGUCCUCAGGCCUUGCUUUAUUUUCUGUGUAGACAUAGAUACCCUGUUCUAAUUUAUUGUUUGGAAACUAGUCAUGGGCUUCAUGUGUUAACGCAAAACACUCCAGUGUAAUGCUCAGCAGUCUCCUAAAAGUGACUUUUUUGUUUUUCUUUCAAAGGGAGAAACCAAACCUUACUAAUCUGAGCUAAACUACUAUAAGCCUUAGAAUAAGGAAAUAUCUCAUGUCCUAGUCACUUUUUUUGGUUGCUUUUUUUGACCUGUGUAAUCAUAGGUUAUACAAUUCAUGUUUUUUAUACAUGAACCUGAUUUCUUUUGCUUCCAUAAAAUGGAACUGUAACCUGGAUAGGUUUUCACUAGUGGAAGCUUUUUACUGAGAACAAUAUUUGAAGUGGUUUAAGAAUUUAUAUCACAUGGCAAUUAUAAAUGCUGUAGACCUCAAAAUUAUGCCCCUUUUUAUCAUAUAUAAAGUCUGAGCAGUUAAGGCAGGUUGGGAUGUCACAUAAGAAAAGCAGAAUUUCUGUAUGUAAUGGACAGAAAUGUCACUUUACACUGCUGUGUAUGUUCUCUGUCCCUAAGAUCUGGUCCAGUGCCAAGCAUAUAGUUGGUGUCUAGUAUUUGUUGAUUGAAUGUGUAAGUAUGUAUUUAGUAUACUUUAUGUGAAUGAUCAUAGAACUAUGUUUAACAGUGUGUCCUCUUUUCCUUUCUCAUUUUCCCCCUUCAUUUGAAUAAGGUAACAAAUGAAAGAUGUCAACCCACUAAUUAAAUCUGUUUUCUUGGGGACUCAUAGUACUAAGCGAUUACCAUAUACAAGGUGUUUCGGCAGCCCGAGUUCUUGAAAACCUCACUGCUUUCACUUGCUGCCUCCACUUGCUUGGCCCUGUGUCCUCUGUCCUUCCAGAUGUGGUCGGACAGCUUAGCUCUAAGUCUACAGUUAACACACAGCAAGCUGUUUCUUGAUUUGAACUUUCCUGCAUUGACAUCUUGACAAUCUCUUCCUCCAAGUCCCUGCUCCAUUGUGUGCUUGUGUCUGGUUUGCUCCUGGAUGUCUCUCCUCUGGUCUCCUCAUGUACCCUGAAUAUCAUCCUCAGACUUCUUGUUCCCAGUCACUGUGCUUCACUCUGGGUCAUUUCCAUCCAGCGAGGCCCAACAGACUUUAGCUCAGACUUAGUGCGUUUUCCUGCUGGACUCACUCAAGUCUCCACACACCCACUCCUGUGUCUGCUCCUUACCUGGUUAAUUUCAGAGCCAUUGUUCUGUACAAGAUUUUAUAGUUCAUUCCUCUUCCUCCUAACUGUUGGGGUCUGAGUUCUGUUGACUUUACUCCCAUCUCUCUAUCAUUCUCUCUCAUUUUUGUUACUGUUACCCAAAGGACUGCCCAUGUCUAUUUCUUCAUCUCUGUGGCCCACAUCACCAGAUUGGGCUUUCUAGAAGCAUUCAACCUAACACCCACUGACAAUUUUACGAGCUUUCUGGUGAGAGCUUUUACUUGGUGUCCAAGAUCCUUUUCUUGUCUUUGCCACUCUGUUCUGAUAAGCAGGUUAAAAAAGUCCAGAGCUGGAUCUCCCUCCAAACCAUGGUAGACACCGUAUUUGCAUUGAGAAACCCAGGCUUCUUUCCCACCUGGGAAGUUCAGUGCAGUUUUGAAAUCACACCUGUCCCCUUCCCAUGGGCACCACUGUAACUGCAACCUACCUCUACUGAAUCACUUACUGUACUGUAUGUUUUACUUUUUUAAAGUGUCCUUUCCUAGAAUGUGAGCUCCCCAGGGGCAGGAAAAGAGACUAUUAAUUUUGGCAUCUCUGUAGCAUAAUGUUUGGCAUAUGAGCAUUUAAUAAAUGUUUGUUGAAUUAA